AUGGCACGCGCUAGCUCUAGCGGGAGCAUCGCGGAGCGAUCACUCGAAGUCGAGCUUUUGCUCGCCUCGCUCGGAGCGCCGCCGUCGUUCGCGCUACGACAUCGCGACGAGCUACAUUCGCGAAAACUCGCUUGCGAUAGUGACGGGCUUAGCGGUUCAAGAGACAACAGGUCAGGCGAACGGCCGUUAGCCGCGCUAGGCUCCGUGGUUGCGCUCAUCAGCGCGGGGAGGUAUGCAGCCGCGCUGGAGCGCGCAUCUUCCGCCCUCGCGGUCCUCCCCUCCGCGGAGCAGCUGGCGGAAGCAGUGGCCGCGCGCGCGGAGAACCAGCCAGGGGAAGCGGCCGCGGGCGCAGCCGCGGCGGAAGCGUUUUUCUGCGCAGUGAGGGGGAGAGUCGGCGCGCUGCUGGUGGAGGGGGGGAAACCUCACUCGGGAAGCGGGAAGAUGGAGGGGGAGGAGGAGGAGAGGGUUGGCAAGUGGAGCGCGAGAGAGAAGGCGCUGCUGGUGCUGAUGAUGGGGGCGGCGAGCCUCUGCCUCUUCGUGCAGGCGAAUGUUAGCGGUCCCGAGCCUUCUGCAGUCUCAACACUCCCACUCAACCCAGCACCAGCCAGCAGCGACACGUCAGCAACCCCCGUUGACACGUCAGCACUUGCCAGCCACCCCUCAUUCCUCGCCAGCGAGGUGGCACGCGUGGCGCUGAGCAAGUGGUGUCAGGCAUUCUCCCCGUCCUUGCUGCCGCCCUCCUGGCCCUGGUGGGCGGCGAGGGUUGUCGUUAUUCACCAGAGGGUGCUACAGGAGCGGUCCCCCUCCCUCCGCGCCCUGCUGCUCCCCUGCACUGCUCACCUGGGAGAGACGCUGGGGAGGAAAGAUGCCGUGAGACGAGCUUUGUUUAGAAAAGAGGAGGAGAAGGAGGAGGAGGCGGAGGGAGGGGAGAAGGAGGGGGGGAAGGAGGGGGAGGGGGAGGGGGAAGUGUGUGUGCGGGUGGCAGCGAUGGUGCAUCUGGAGGCUGGGAUGAUGGACAUGGCGUAUGCACACGUGGACACUGCCAGGAAGUGGUUUGAGAGAGCUCUGCAGGAGUGCGGAGUGGUGCUGGGUGUCACUGGAGCCAUGGGGUACCGCACCAUACAUCAGGUCGAUCCCAAAGCACAGCUUGUGCUGGCAGUGACAAGAAGUGACGCCCUUAAGGAAGGAGAUGGGGCAGUGUUAAGCGAUAUGGAAUUACCCAAGGAUGUGACAUGUGGGGACAGGCAAGGGCAGCAAGAAGAGAAGGGAGAGAAGGGGGAAGGUGGAAAGGAGGGAGAUGGGGGGGAGGAGGAGGAGGAGGGGGAGAGUAUGGAGGAGUUGGAGUGUUUGUUCGAGCCGGAGGAGUGUGAUGUGCUGCUGGCCCCGCGGCUGGUGGAAGGGGGAAGUGGUGGGGGUGAGAUCGUGGCAAAUGGGGGUGAAAAGGAAGAGAAGCAGAGUGCUGUCGAUGGUGGCACGAGUGGUGUGCUGAGGGGUGUUGAGCAGGCGGCGGUGCUGGCGCUGGCUGUUGAUACAGUGAAGCAAAACGCUGCUGAUGAGCUGAGAGGUGAGUGGGAUGGCCUUUCAGGCGUUGGGGAAGAAGGGGCGGGCGGGGGGAUGAGGGGAAAGGGAGGGGCAUUGAGGGGUGAUGAGCAGGCGGCGGUGCUGGCAAUGGCUGUUGUCACAGUGAAGCAAAACGCAGCAGAUGAACUGAGAGGCUGGGAAGCAGCGCCUUAUAUCGAAGCAAUCACUCUGCAACAACACAUCCCACCCAUGGUGAAAGCGGGCUGUGAGCUGCUGAGGGUGCGGUGGGAACGCAAGCGACCGCACACGCGGCAGAGAGCAGUUGCGACAAUGGAGCAACUGAUCCAGUCAGUCUCACAUCAGGAGAAGAGGAUUCGCCAGCAGCAAUCGCAAGCAGCCUCGGGAUCAUCGGGAGGAGCUGUGGCGGCUGCGUUGCCGGAGGAGGAAGCGAGAGAAGCAGCAGAGAGGAUGAAAUACUGCUUCGCUGUUUGGUUUCCCACCACGCCUGCUCUCUUCAAGGAGUAUGGGGAGGUGCUGGUGGCGAGCGGAUGUGUGGGCGAGGCCAUGCGCGUGUUUGAGACGAAUGAGCUGUGGGACCAUCUCAUCGACUGCUACAGCCUUUUGGGAAAACGGGCAGCAGCAGCAGCGCUGGUGACGGCGAGGUUGAAGGAGCAGAAGGAGGAUUCACGCCUGUGGUGCUGCCUGGGAGAUCUGACGGAGGAGAAAGAGUGCUAUGAGAAGGCCUGGGAGUUUUCCCGACACAGAUAUGCACGCGCACAGCAAGCACUAGCGUGCAUGGCAAUGAACGCCAAGGACUUUAAAGCAGCCAUGGCUCACUGGGAGGCUGAAAAGGAGAGGCUGCUGUUCAACACUCUCCACUCCUCUCUCCAUCUCUCUUCACCCUUUUCAAUACAGAGAGCACUAGCGCGCAUGGCAAUGAACAGCAAGGAUUUCAAGGCAGCCAUGGCUCACUGGCAGGCUGCGCUGGCUAUCAGCCCGCUGCAUGCAUCUGCCUGGUUCUCCCUGGGCUACUCUGCUAUUCAGGCAUGUGACGGGGACAAGGCGCUGUAUGCGCUCACACGUUCGGUGCAGAUCGACCCAGACAACGGGGAGGCGUGGAACAACCUGGCGGUGCUGUGA